AUGCUACUCAUUUUGGUAUUGCUGUAUGCUCCCAGUGUCCACGCAUGUGACAAAGAACACCAUUACCGCCACCACGAUCGCCAUUUGGAACGACGCGAUACUGCUCCCGUUUUCCCGCCAACUUUGACGGUAAAUGAAGAGAUUUUGGCAUCUUCCUUUGAUAACACGUCUAUAGCAUCGUGGUCGAGCUACUACUGUCUCACAGCACAUAGACGAAACCUCGCAGGCGAAGGCGAAACGGUUCCAAAGUGGACUGCAGAACGCUGGAAUGAGCAUGGCUUCGAAACAAGACUAGACAGUUAUCACGUCUACCUUGAUUACCCAGUUCAUCGUUCUCUUUCUCUUGACCAUGGAAACGGUAGUACCUACCACGCAACACUCGAAGAAGAGAUACUCGAAGAGGAUGGGCCUACCGGUGAUGCUGGCAGAGUUCCUGCUUUUCAUGGGUACUCUGGGUCAGGUGAUGCAUCGGCUGAGUACAUCUACGUUGGCCGAGCUUCUCAAGAGGACUUCAAACGUCUUCUAGCCCUUAAUAUCACCCUUGAAGGCAAGAUUGCUCUAGCAAAAUACGGUGGUCCAUUUCGCGGCCUUAAAGUAAAGAAUGCGCAGACUUUUGGCAUGAUUGGAGCUGUGAUCUUCACCGAUCCGGGAGACGACAGGAACAUGACAGCUGGAAACUACGCUACGUAUCCCGAUGGACCUGCAAGGAAUCCAACAAGUAUCCAGAAAGGCAGUGUGAUGGAUUUGAGCACCUACCCAGGAGAUCCCACGACACCGGGAUAUCCGUCUAAAGAGGGCGUAGUGAGAAAGGAGAAGAAGACUGUACCGAAAAUUCCGAGUCUACCAAUCUCUUGGCUUGAAGCAAAACCACUGCUGGCCGCUCUGAACGGUCAUGGUGUUGAUGCAAAGACUGUGAAUCGACUGAAUUGGGUGGGUGCAAUAGACGGGGUUGAUUACAGCACGGGACCGUCAAAAGCUGUGCUGUCGAUAAGCAACAUUAUGAGGGGCGAGACUAACUGGAUUCACAAUGCCAUCGGUAUUGUGAAUGGUACGAACGAAGACGAAGUUGUUAUCGUAGGCAACCACCACGACUCUUGGAUGAUUGGCGGGGCUGCUGAUCCACACUCCGGUUCCGCAAUUCUUAUUGAGUUGGCUAAAGCCAUUGGUACUCUACUGGAGACUGGUUGGAAACCAAAGCGGACCAUCGUGCUCUGCAGCUGGGAUGCUGAGGAGUACGGUCUAGUUGGAAGUACUGAAUGGGUCGAGGAGUACAUCCCCUGGUUGACAUCAUCUGUUGUGUCUUACCUGAACAUUGACGUUGGCAUAGCGGGCACCAUUCCUGACUUCAGUGCCACCCCUGAUCUCCAUACCCUCACCACUUCCACAGCCCGAAAGGUCAUCUGGCCGCAUGGCAAGAACCGCACAUUAUACGAUGUCUGGGAAGAAAAGACUGGUGAAAUUGACACAUUGGGCGCGCAAAGCGACUAUACAGCUUUUGUACAUCGGGCCGGCAUCUCCGCUAUCGACAUGGGCACCACGCGUGCGCCUCUCGAUCCAAUAUACCACACGCACUCGAAUUUUGACUCCUUCCAUUGGAUGACUAAGUUUGCAGAUCCAGGUUUCGUAAUGCACACAGCCAUCGGAAAGUUCCUUGCGUUGAUGCUGUAUCGUUUAGUCGACGAUGAGAUUGUACCGCUCGAGCCGGCGAACUAUGGGGUAGAGAUGCGAGCGUGGCUAAGAGGAUUGGAAGGUAUCGUAGAAGAAUCGAAUGCAAAGGUCAAUCUUGAUCUUGGAGAGCUGGAGAACUCCGUUGCUGUGUUCGAGGAUGCAGCGCGGCAGUUCAAUGCUGCUCGCAACAUGGCUGUCAGCUCAAACAGUUCGGUGCUCAAGACACAGCUGAACCACAAGGCACGCGAUUUUGGACGUGGAUUCGUCAGUGAAGGCGGCCUCCCGGGAAGAGAGUUUUAUAGACACCUUGUCUUCGCUCCUGGAGUUGACACUGGAUAUGCGCCGGUUACAUAUCCAGGAGUGACCGAGGCCGUUGUUGCAGGAAAUACUACUCUAGCAGAGGAGUUCGUCGAAAAGACUGCAAAGGCGAUCUUGGCUGCUGCAAAUAUUUUAUUGUAUUAG